AUGGCCGGCUCCCCAAACUCCAAUCUCCGCGGCUUCAACCACGCCGUGCAAACCCUCCUCAAACAGCCCACCCAAUUCCUCCCACACCUGACAAUCUCGACAAUCACUCACCUCCCCGAGAACCUAGGCCCACACCUAGUCAAACAACCUCCAACUUCAACUGCAACCUCAUCUUUAACAGCAACCUCACCACGCACACCAACAAUCCGCGCCCUGGUCCUAGACAAAGAUAACACCCUCUGCCCAGCAAAAACAACAACCUUCCCACCACAAAUCCUCGCAAAACUCAGCACCCUCCGCACCUCCCCAACCUCCCCAUUCAACCAAACCAAAAACCCAAACUCAGUCCUCAUAGUCUCCAAUCGCGCCGGUAGCCACGCAACCUUCGACAACGAAAUAAGUGAACUAGAAGCCCAGCUAGCACACCUGCAAAUCCCCGUCUUUAGACUACCCGCCGGCGCGGAGAAGAAGCCAUUCUGUGGGGACGAGGUCGUUGCUUGGUUCCGGGAUCGGGGGGUUGUGAAGGAUGCGGGUGAGAUUGCUGUUGUUGGGGAUCGUUUAGGUACCGAUGUGCUUAUGGCUGGUAUGAUGGGGUCUUGGAGUGUUUGGUGUAAGGAGGGGGUUUUUGAGGUUGGGGCAGUUGGAAAGCCUGGGCGAAAUGUGCUUGAGAAGAUGGAGGUUUGGAUUGAGGGGGCUUUGAGGGGGUGGGGAUAUACUGCGCCUGUGCCUAGCGGGUGGGAAGAGGGUAGGAAGGACAUUUAG